AUGGAUUCCAAGGAAGUAUCCAAGGAAGACGUUUCCCGAAAGGGAUCCGAAGUAAAGGAUGUUCACAGCGCUGCUGAGCGCGGUGCCGUCGCAACAGACAAGUAUGGACAUCCCUUGACGCCGCUCGACUCGGAUGAGGAGUCACGGUUGAGGAAGAAGAUCGACUGGGCAAUUCUACCAGUUGUAGCAAUCAUGUACCUGUUUUGCUUUAUUGAUCGAGCUAAUCUUGGCAAUGCCAAAAUCGUCGGACUGCAAAAAGACCUCGAUAUGACGGGCGCAUAUGACUACAACAUAUUGGCUUCCCUCUUUUACGUUUCUUACAUCAUCUUUGAGAUUCCCAGCAACCUGGCUUGUAAAUGGAUCGGACCUGGGUGGUUUUUGCCGUUUCUGACCCUAGGUUUUGGUGCCAUGUCUUUGGCUUUUGCCUAUGUACAGAACCUACAACAGGCCUGUGCCGUACGUUUUCUACUUGGAAUGUUUGAGUCUGGUGUCAUGCCUGGCAUGUCAUACUACCUGUCCCGAUGGUAUCGCAGAUCCGAGUUCACAUUUCGAGUCGCCGUCUUCAUUGUAAUGUCUCCCACAGCAGGCGCUUUCGGUGGACUCCUUGCAUCGGCCAUUACCAGCAUGUCCAAUAUUGGAGCGCUAGACUCGUGGAGAAUGAUAUUUUUCGUGGAAGGCCUAGUCACAAUUGCCAUUUCCGUCAUGGCCUUUGUCUUUCUCACAGAUCGCCCUGAAUCAGCGCGGUGGCUGACCAAAGAGGAAAAAGACCUCGCGAUAGCGAGAGUCAAAUCGGAACGCAUAGCCCAAACCGCUCUACUGGACCAGUUCUCACAUCGCAAGGUCUGGCUGGGAAUUUGGAACCCUGUCGUCCUGGCCACUGGCUGGAUCUUCCUCUUGGAACAGAUAACUGUGCAGGGCUUGGCCUUUUUCCUACCGACAAUCAUUAGCAACAUCUUUCCUGCUAGCCGAGGCUACUCUAUCGUGCAACAACAAUUGCUCACUGCGCCGCCCUAUGUUUUCGGAGCCAUAUUCACGCUCUUGAUACCGUAUCUGGGCUGGAGGCAGGACAAGAGACAAAAGUUCUUCAUCAUCUCGGCACCACCAGUGAUGCUGGGUUUCAUCAUUUACCUAGCGACAAACAAUUCGACAGCGCGAUACGUGGCCACAUUUCUGAUCAUGAGCACAGCGUUUGGUCUGGGCGCGCUGACCAACGCACAAGCCGCCAUUCAAACCUCGAGCGAUACAUCCCGAAGUGUUGCGUUGGCCGUGAAUAUGCUCUUUGGCAAUGUGGGAGGGCUCAUUUCGACUUGGAGCUACAUUGAUAGGGACAAGCCCGACUACAAGAUUGGAAACAGUCUCAACCUUGCCGCGUCGAGCCUGAUUCUGAUAUUCAGUACACUGACUUAUUUCUGGAUGCACCGUGAUAAUCGCGAGAGGAGGGGUCGCGAUGUUGAUGCUGAGCUAAGCGACCUCACAGACGAACAGAUCAGGGAUUUAGAAUGGAAGCAUCCAGCCUGGCGAUGGAAGCCCUAG